AUGGCGAGUGAACCCAAGUCAGGGGGAUUGACUGGUGCCCAACCAUCAGUGACGCCUCUGCCUCCUGUCGGUGCCAUUGACGAUGAUGUGGCUGAGAUCCCUUCUUGGAGAAAAUGGGUCAUCCUCUUUGUCGUCUGCUGGAUGCCCCUUCCAAUGACAUUUUGGAGUACUGCGAUUAUGCCUGCUACACCCGAGGUUGCUUCAGAUUUGGACAUUGGCGUGACCACGAUCAACACAGUCAAUGCUGGUGUUUUCGUCGCUCAGGCCUUGUCCGGCUUGAUCUGGCUUCCAAUUAGCACAAUCAUUGGUAGACGGUCAACAUAUCUUGUUGCCAACCUUGUCCUGUGCCUAUGCUCAAUUGGAUGUGCUGUGGCUCCCAACAUUGCAGGGUUCGGUUCUCUCUGGAUUCUUGGAGGCACCACAGGACCGUUCUUUCUUGUCGCCGGACAGACCAUUCUGGCAGACAUUUUUGAGCCGGCAACCCCACUGAUCGGUAGUAUAAUUGCUACAUUCACCAGCUGGAGAGUCAUAUAUGGCGUCGAGGCCGGCAUGUCAUGCUUCGGCUUGGUCCUCACCUUUUUCUUCAUCCCUCGGGCAAGCGAGGUCGGGAACCCCAAGACUGCCGAGGCUAUUCGUCCCAAGACAAGAGGGGACAUGAUUCGGACGUUCAACCCUAUGAUCGUGUUUCGACAGUUCAAAUACCCCAAGGUGCUAUUGGCCAACAUUGCCUGUGGCUUGCUGGCGUUUAAUCAAUAUGGCCUGUUAAGUUCGGUUCGUCGUGUCGUCAACCCUCGAUUUAACCUGAACUCUCCUCUUGAAAGUGGUCUUUUCUACCUCGCUCCUGGCGCCGGCUUUUUGGUUGGCAGCACACUUGGUGGCAAGGUGUCCGACAUUGUUGUCAGGAGAUACAUUCGAAAGAGGAAUGGGCAGCGACUACCAGAGGACAGACUCAACGCCAGUCUGCCUUUCAUUCUUUUCGUACUGCCUUUAGGUUCCUUCAUUCAAGGAACAGGACUCAUGGCGUCGUUCAGCGGGCUGAACACAUAUGCAGCUGAAGUCCGACCGGUAUACAGGACGGCGGUCAUCACGGGUAAGUAUGUUGUUCAGUACAGCUUUGCCGCGGGAAGUGUUGGCGGCGUCGUGCCCUUGAUCAACGGCCUUGGCGUUGGGUGGGCUUUCACAAUCACUACUUUUGCGACCAUGAUCAGCGGCACGCUUGUUGUGCUGAUUUCCAGGUUCAGCAGAACAUGGAAGCAAUAG